CUGGUCAUCUGACAUUUGAAUGCCGAAACUUUCUCCGAGUAGAUCCUCAGAGAGAUAUUGUUUUAGAUGUUAGCAGCACUAGCAGUGAAGACAGUGAGGAAGAAGAACUACAGAGAUUGCAAGCCAUGCGUGAAAAAAAAAAUUUAAAUGAGGAGGAAGAAAAAAAGAAACAAAAAAGAAAAAGCAAAGAAAAAGCAAAAUUGAAGAGACCAAGGAAAAGAUCUUCCUCAUCAAGUGCAGCUGAAGAGGAUGGGCCAAAGUCAAAAAAACAAAAAUCGCACAAAAAAGAAAGGGAAAAGGUAAAAAAGAAUAAGUCUAAGAAAGGAAAACAUCAUAAAAAGGAGAAAAAGAAGAGACGAAAGGAAAAAAGUUCAUCUUCUGAUAGUUCAGACAGUUCUAGUAGUGACUGA